AUGUCAGUACCCAUAUCAUCCAAAGAAUGGCUAAACAUCGACGAACUCAUCGACGUAAUGUGGAAAACACUCGAUCUUGUCCGCGUAUACACAAAACCCCGUGGUCUACCGCCGGAUUACUCUGCCCCAGUCGUACUCAGGCGCGGGAAAUGCUCGGUUGAAGACUUUUGUAAUUCGAUACACAAGGAGAUUACAAAGCAGAUGAAAUACGCUGUCGUCUGGGGUUCGAGUGCAAAACACUCGAGAGGACAGAAAGUGGGAUUAGACCAUGUCUUGGAAGAUGAAGAUGUGGUACACAUCUCAAAGAAGUAG